AUGGUGCUGCAAGGAUCGGGCGGCGGCGGCGACGGGGACCGGCGGCGGGAUCUGGGCCUUCGGCGCGGAGGUGGCGGCGCCGAUGAGGUGGUGGAGGCGGUCGAAGAAGACCCACUUGCCGGCGGUGGCGCCGCCGGUGCCGGCGGCGGAGGAGGAGAGGCGGGCCUUCUCGAGCUUGUACUUUUUCUUGAGGGUGUCGACGCGGUUCUUGCACUGGGCGUGGGUCUUGGGGGCCUUGCCGCUGUAGCCACCGUCGUGGUGGCGGCGGGUGGCGUUGACGACGUCGGCGACUUCCUGCCAGUCCUUGUGCCGGAGAUUUCCCCGGCUGAGCUCGAGGUAGCGCUCCCCCCACGCCUCGAUCAGCGCCGCCGUCGCCCCCUCGCUCCAGCAGUCCUCUCUCCCCCCCGGUCCACCUCCUCCGCUCCUCCUCCUCCUCCUCCCCGUCCCCGCCGCCGCCGCCGCCGUCGCUACCUCCACCACCGCGCUCCGCCACGACGGCGCUGCCGCGCUCCCGUUGACGUCGUCCGAGCUCCCCGUCGACGGUUGCGAGCUCCGCCCAUCAUCGUCCUCCUCCAUAUCGAGAUCGGAGAAAGAGGUAGGAGAGAAAGAGAGGUAGAGAGAGGAUAAGCUUGUCGUCGGCGGGUGGGGCUGCGGGUAAAUAAUAAACCGGCCGGCGACGCAGCCGACGGUGGGGAAGUUGACGGCGUCCGCCCUUCCCGCGGGCAGAUCUACUGUCCGCUCCGGGGACCGGACGAGGACGCGUGGUGCCGGCCACGGAGAGGGAGAGGGAGGGAGAGGGAGACGAAGGGGAGGGGAGAAUCGGUGACGUGGCGAGCCCUCGUUCGUCGCUCUGCGCGUGGAAAUCCAUCGCUUGGCCCCCCCUCUCUCCCUCUUCUUUCUCUCUCCACACACCCCCCCCCCGUGACCCGUCCACCGUCGACGACGACGACGACGGACAGGAGAGAGGAGAGAGAGAAAGAGAAAGCCCCAACGCCGGCGAAAGGCCGGGUGGGGCCCGCGGCCCGCCCACCGCGACCACGAAGGCGACGGCGGCCGGUGCGGGGCCCCCCGCCUCCUCCAGCGGUCGUCGGCCCCGGCGGCGCCGGCGGGACCGUUGCCCGCAGCUGCACGGCAGCUGGUCCGCUCUCUUGACAGCGAGUGCUAAUUCAAUAAAUGCGGGCGCCCGCUGUCUGGGUAUUUACUGUUUGAAACUUCUCUCUCGUCAUGUAUAAAUAUAUAUAAACAAAAAUUGAUAAAGUAUUGAUAAUUGGAGAGGUAGUGGGCCGGGCUGGGGUCUCGCUGGAUCGCAGUCGUCCGUUGACCUAGGAUAAAAAAGAGCCCACAAAAGAAACGGCCACGUUGACCUAGCUCGGAAGACGUGGCUGGCGUGACAACCCGAGAUAGCGUUGACGAGAGGGAGAUGACCACCAUUACCAGAAAAACUUUAUAGAGAGAGAGAGGGAUAGAGAGAGAAACUACACAAUAAAACACUCGUUUGGUGCAGUUUCUGCAACAAAUACAAGAUGAGCCGCUAAAUGAGGGCAGACAAUUGCUCGAGCACCUGGCGGGCGUACGCUGCCCAUGGUUCCUCGCCUGCCGUCGUUGACUUUAUUUGACCGGCUGGCUACGAGAGGACGGCCAUGAUGUCAGAUGCUCUGAGGACGAUGUACUCGGUGCCGUCGGGCCCCUUGAACUCGCUUCCGGCGUACUUGGAGUAGAGCACGGUCCCCCCGCUCGAGACCGUCAACGGCUUCCUCUUCCCCUCCUCGUCCAGAAGCCCCGGCCCAACUGCGAUCACCUGACCGCCCAUGGAAAUAGCCAUCAACGAGGGAACAACCCAUUUCAUAAAAAGCCUAGAUAGAUAGAUAGAUAGCUAGAGCGAGAGAGAGAGAGAGCUUACCGUCCCAGUAGAGGGCUUCUCCUUGGUUGCGUCCGUUAAGAGCAACCCACCAGCGGUUUUCUCCUCAGCUUCUGAUACCUGGCAGCCAAUGCGUUCAUCUCGCCAGGUGAACCCGUAGAAGAGAGAGAUAAGGGAAGGAAAAACGCAGAAUACGCAGAGUAAGAGAGAGAGAGAGAGAGAGAGAGAGAGAGAGAGAGAGAGAGAGAAGGGGAUGGGGUAGCGGGAAUCUUAGUGAGAAGAAAAAUGCAGAAGGAAAUCAUUCUUGCGCUGGAAAUCUAAACAAAGGCAAGAAGAGAAUCCGAACCUUGAUCAGAACUCGGUCAUUGAGAGGCUUGAGGUCCUUGACAUCGUCUGUGUUGAGAAUGCCCACAAGAUCAUCCUCUUUCAGGAUAAGAUGCUUAGAACCGCUGAAGUCAAUCUCGGUCCCUGCAUACUUGGAGUAGACGACCUGGCUUCCGAUCUACCAAGGAAAGGAAAAAACUUUCAAGAACACCAAGGAUAGGAGGACACAGCAGCAGAAUCGUACACUCUCAUGCUCACAUACUUCUUUACAUCCCCACGAAGAAAUCCUAUUACGAACAGAAAAGCGAUCAUAGAUAGAUACUAUGCACAUAAAUGAGACAUGGCGCAUGAGCAUCAGUUUUAAAAAGCUCGAUUUUGUUAAGACUUCAGAGAUGAAAUCUCAGCGCAUAUUCAUAUCAUCAUCUGCUCAUGGCAUGUACAUCACCCAUGGAAAUAAAUAAAAUUAGAGUAUAAACAUUUUUCCCAUAGAAAGCCAGAAAAAAAAUUCACCCUCAGCUGUUUGGAGCCAAGAGGGAAGCAUAAUAGAUGAAAUGGAUAAUCAGUAGAUCAUCAAUUGUUCAAUCUGCCUCCAAAUGGAGGAUUUAAUUUAUUUUCACGGAUUUUCUCAUAAGUAUAUACAUGCAUAUUCUCUGGAAUAACAGACCCAGGGGGAUCAUGCAGGACAAGAACUUUACAGACUUUCUAAAAGAUGGGGAGAUCGAGCAUAUCGUGCAGCUUUCAGUCUAACAUGUUCAUUGGAAAUUCCUUGGAAAUCUUAAGCCCGAGGUCCCGGGGGAGCAUGCCCAGGUUCUAAGCCAACUGAGUUGAUGGUGAAAAGAGAGAAAGCGGAUUACAGAGGAAUAAAAAAGGAAAUGAAAAUAAAAUGAUUUACCUCGACGCUUAUGUCCACUUUGUUCUUCCCAAAACUUCUGCCAUCGCCGACGGCAACAACUUCACCACUCUGGGGCUUAGACUGAGCUGACGAUGGAAGCAGAAUGCCGCCGACCGUCUUUUCUUCAGAGCUCUUGAUCUUGACGAGCAGCCUAUCCCCCAACGGCGUCACAGUAGUAUACUUCAAGAAACCAGCAAGUUACGAAGAAGAGUGUCUCAGACUACGACAAAAUCACGUAAUAAAUAAACAAGCAUACAUAAAACUCCAGGCCUAAUAUCCCAUGAACACGAUUCAACCCAGGCAAUUCGGAAGGAGAUCACAAAUUUUAAAAACACCAAUAAAAAAAGGCUUCGUGAAGUCAGAUUUAUGUAGCGCUUGUAGAUUUCCAAACAGCAAUUACGAGUUGAAUCUGGAAACAAAUGCGUGAUGAGCGCCAGCGCAUUCCGCUUCACUGACAGAAAACAUUAAGAAGUUGCAGUCUUGGAAAUGAAUCUCCUCUAAGAAAGAGGAUUAUCAUGAAACUAACUGGCUUCAACCACGUGCUCGAUCGGCAUGAAUUACAGUUAUAAGUUAAUUCGCAAUCGUAAAGCGUCUGAAACACACUCCGAUGCAUCAAGACCAACGAGAGACACACAUUUGAUACGGCAAAGCGACAUGCGAAUCCGCACAGCGCAUGCAUGGAAACAUCCUCUAGUUGCCAAAAAGAAGACUGAAAAAUAAAAGGAGCCCGCACAAAUCAGAAGAAUGGCAUCACGACAGGAACAGAGACAGCAUAGCUCCCAGUCAAUCUACUUUCCCAACACCGAUGCCAAAAUCCUCACGAAUGGAAAUGCCUAAAUUAUCAACAUAAAUUCAGUAGUACCAUGGGAGCGACGACCGUAGCCGCCUUCACGACGAGUCCCUGGAAGGAUCUCCGGGCGAAGCCCACCCCACGGGACCCUGACAAAGUGGAGACACGGAAGACAGCGGGCCGCAGACCCUCGCUCUGGGCCAGUGGCGCCGCCGCGGCCCUCCUGCCGGCGACGAAUGAUGUGCCCGUCAGUUGAACAGAAGCCAUGGAUGAGGCUCUCGAGGCUUCCAGGUAGUGAACUCCCGAAGAAACAGAUAAACCUUUGCCGAUAACCAAACCCUAACCGAGAAUCUCCUUCUUUAUUGUUGGUAAGCGGUAUACUGCAACUCGGUAUCAAAAUGCAAUCGAAGACCUGCUAGUGAUUGCGUGUUGCCCCUCCAGACAAACCGAGAGUUGUCUGUGCUGUCAGGCUGGAGCACGUUAAUGGGAUAGACUUCUGACGGACAUCUUGGAAAGGACGCUUCUAGAAUUCUGGUCGGUGUAGAGGAUUCUGGAAGGCGCGCAGUAAAUCAAGCCCAUUGGGGCCGUUAGUGGGCUGGGCCCAAGUGUUGCACCGAGCGUCACAACUUAAUGAACCAUUUUUUGAUUGAAAGGGGCCGAAAUUGGUGGUGGGUAGCCGUGAAUUUAUCUGGGUAAUUAUGAGAGAGAGAAAAAAUGGAUUUUUAAAAGAUGAACUAGAUGGGGCAUUGUAUGAUGUUGUCAAUCAAUAGCUUUACCUAUAGUUUUACCUAUACAGCGUAAAAUAUUUUACCAUCAAAGUCAUGAACUUUGCCCUGCAUUGAGAGUGUUAUGGCUUUGAUUUGAUGAACUCCUCCACUAAGAGCUUCAUUUUUACAUAUUUUAAUUUAUCACAAAUUAUAUUUAAUUCUAAGCUUGUAUAUUCAUCAAAAAAAUGUCAAGAAUUCCAUACUUAUAGUCGUCAUGAAUUGAUGAUCACAUCAACUCUUAAUAAUGAUUUUGCUAAUCCUCUCUAUUACCAUUAAUUCAAAUAUUUUAUGUCAAAGUUUUAUCACAUGAGAAGAGAUUGCGUCAUCUUCUUCUUCUUUCACUAUGCUUGAUGAACGAUGGUAACUUUCAAGUUUUCUCCAAAGAAAAUAAUUGAGGAUUUUCUGCAAGAAGCUAAGAAACAAAACCUUGCUAUUUAGAGGCCUACAAAAGUCUAGAUAAGAGUAACUUUUUUACAUGUAAAACUUUUUUUAAAAAUUUUGUUCACGUACUUCAUUCUAUGUUGAGUCCCCUUGAAAUUCUUACUCCCAAAGUUUUUAAUUUAUUACAUUUUAAAAACCUUCAUUUAAACCAUAUGAGAUUGGUUAGUCAUAUUAUUUCCUAUUGGAGGCUAGUUUUCUAUGAGUAUGAUUGUGGGUUGACCUAAUAUUGAGGGAUUUCUAGAUCAUUAUUAACCCUCAGAUAGUUUCAACACCCUCUUAGCAAUUCUCCCAAAUGGAUUGCUUCAAAUCAGGAGUAUACUUUCACAUGGUUUCUCUAUACAUUGAGAUGUCCUUGAGGGAAACUGCCUAAUCUUAUAGUUAUGGCUAUUAUUCCAAUAACAUUACCUCUCAUGAACCUAAAAUUUGUGCCAUUUAAUGGUAUCCCUGGGAGUGUUACUCUACUUCUCAAUUCCAGUCUUCCCUCUUCACUUUAUGGCUGAUUAGCUUCUCGAAUAGGAAUUAUACUACAUUUGAUCGAAGUCCAUGUAAAGUAACAAUGAUCCACUUAGUCUAGAAAAGACGUUCCUCCUUUGGAAAUCUCAAAUUGAAAAGUAGCAUCUGUGGUGUUUUCAUAAGCUUUGAAACCUACUAAUUUUAGAUGUGAUCAAUAUCAAAGGCUCGCUUCUGACUUAGCCACUCAAAUGUAAAGAGCUUUCUAUUAACUUUAAUGCUUGCCUUAUUCAUUUCUCGGAUGUUUCGCCAUUGGUAUGCCAAACGAUAGAUAUCUUCAUCUACCAUGAUUCUCCUUUGUCUAUCUUUAAAAUGAAUACUUUGGAAUCGAAUAAACUAGUACAUGCAAGGCUUUUCCCCUUUCCAAUAAGUAAGCUACCUUGUUGGCACAUAACCAAAGAAAAUAUGAUUGUAACUUCGAAAGCAUUGGAAGUGACCCCACUAUGUUCACCAUGAUGUAUUUCUAAAUGUGAAAGUGAUGAAACUUGAACUACUAAAAAAUUAUAGUAAUAUUAAUUAUCCUCAAUCUUUAUCUGCAAUAAAACAUUUUAGAUUUUUUAAUACAGUUGUAAAGAAAUAAUUAAGCUCUGCAAUUCAUCCAAUCAUAAAUAUAUUCACUGUCGUUACAGUGGUUUGACUUCCCAUGCAUUCGGUGUAACAAGGCUAAGUCUACCUCUAUAUUAUUUAUAAUUAAAAUUUUAUUAGGUGCUAUAUGGAUGUAUGAUAGCAUUCCGCCAAUGAUAAAGCUUCUUAUGCAUUAUCGUUAAGUGUAUGCUCAGUAGAAUCAUGUGAAUAUAUCUAUUCACCGAUAAGAUUGAGACGAAGAAGUGACAUUUGAGGAGCAGUAUUACAUCAAUAAAUGCAAUUAAAUAAGGUCGUUCAAGAAUGUGAUCAACUAGUGUUGCCUGAAUUAUCCAAGCUAUUAGAUGAUACAUUUCUUCGAAAAGGCGGGGGGGGUGGGAGAUCCGACCGGAACAUAGUCAGAGAAACAAGCAAAAGCUUCUGCUACAAGCAGCCAUCAGUUCAGGGCGGCGGGUACUGGUCACAGAGGCACGGGGUACUGGUCGAUGGUGUCCAGCCAGGGGUUCCUUGCCGGGCGUCGGACCCGGCGCAUGGCCCUCCAGACGGAGCUGUUGCACUUGAAACCGGAGCCGAAGGCCAGCUGCCAGACGCGGUCUCCACGGCGGAUCUUUCCCUUGGCCUCGAGGUAGGCGAGCUCGUACCAGAUGCUGCUGCUGGAAGUGUUGCCGAAGCGGUGGAGGGUCAUUCGAGAGGCCUCCAUGUUGUCGCCGCUAAGCUCAAGGUUCCUCUGCAGCUCGUUCAGCACCACCUUGCCCGCCGGGUGGAUGCAGAAGUGAUCGAAGGCCAGCUUGUAGUCGGGGAUGUAGGGCCUGGUCUUGGCGGCGGUGCCGCCGAAGAGGUAACGCCACACCAGCGCGCCGAAGAAGAGGAGCUGCUCCGAGAAGGGGAGGACGAGGGGGCCGAGGGUGGUGAUGUUGGCCUCGAGGGCCCUCCCCCCCACCUCCAUCACGUCGCGGCUGACGGACAGCCCCUUGAUCCUCUGCUCAUCCUCUUCCUGGUGCACGGAUCUGCACCAAAACGGAGACAGGGUUUCAGAAUCCUCGACCCAGCAAAACCCUAAUUUGCUAGACUUGUGAGAAGAGGAGAGGAUGGAGAUGGACUGCACCGGAAGCUGCGGUCGUCGCUGCCCUUGUGGGUGCGGACGAUGUGCUCGAGGCGGUACUUGGCCCAGCCGAAGUCACGGCGGCGAUUGGAGAGGAGCACGGCUGAGCCGCCCAUGCGGAAAAAGCAGUUGGGGAUGAGCAUGGAGCGGUCCCGGCCAGUGUACCAGUUGAAGGUCACCAUCUCCGUGCUAACCACCACGGCGUAGCUGUUGGGGUUGGCCUGGAGCAUGUCCCUGGCCAGGUCGAGGGCGAUGACACCGGCGCUGCAACCCAUCCCGCCGAGGUUGUAGCUGAGGAUGUUCCCCCUCAUCUUGUAGUGGUUGACCACCAUGGCGGACAGCGACGGUGUGGGGUUGAACAGGCUGCAGUUGACCACCAGGAUGCCCACGUCCUUGGGGCGGAUGCGGCACUUCUCAAAGAGCUCGUCCAGGGCGCCGAAGACGACUUGCGCCGCCUCCGCUCGGCCCUCUUUCAUGGUGGCGCAGUUCUCCGGCGCCAUCACCGCCUUGGGGAUGUAGGUCUCGUCGCCGAUGCCUGAGGACUUGAGGAUCCUGCUCUGGAAGGCAAGGCUGUCCUCGUCGAAUUUGCCCGACUUCCUUGCCAGCUCGAUGAACUCCUCCUUGGAUACCUGAGCGCCGCCGCCAUUAGGAUAAACAUAUGCAAGCGAAGAUGAGAGAUCUUAGAACUUCGUAAGAUCCUGAUUAAUAGACUUAAGUUUAUGGAGAAUGUGUCCCCCAGAGAGAAGCUGAGAGAUCUUAGAACUUCGUAAGAUCCUGAUUAAUAGACUUAAGUUUAUGGAGAAUGUGUCCCCCAGAGAGAAGCAAGAGGGAUGACCAUAAAUCCUAUUCAAUUCCUCCCAAUGGCCGUCAUUUCUCCGGGCCUACAAGGGUAAAUGCGUACACAUGCACCAUAAACGCUGCUCUUAAAUGUGCACCGAAUCUCUCUCUCUCUCUCUCUCUCUCUCUCUCUCUCUCUCUCUCUCUCUCUCUCGCUGUGAUUAUUUUUAUUGCUACAUGAAUCAAUUUUCCAAUAGGACAAAAGAAAGAAAAUUGGAUUUUUUUUUCUUCAUUCCUAGGAAAAGGAGUUAUAUAUAUUUUUCUAUCGCUCCACCUAUCUACCUAGGAAUAUAUGCAGAUGUAUACAUACAAAUUUGUACCCCUAUUAUCCUUCCUAAAAUAAUAUGAAUCUGGAGAAGAGCUACGUGAUGAGUUUGAGGAAUAGAGACAGCGAGAGAGCGAGAUAUAGAGAGAGAGACAGGGAGGGAGAGAGAGAGAGAGAGGGAAGGAGGGAGGGAGGGAGGGAGAGAGAGAGAGAGAGAGAGAGGGAGGGAGGGAGGGAGAGAGAGAGAGAGAGAGAGAGAGAGAGAGAGAGAGAGAGAGAGAGAGAGAGCAUAUGAUGUAUAUGGAGGAUGGGAAUGAGAGUGGUAAGUGACGGAGGUACCUUUAGGUCGUCGGGGGGACGGUAGCAGGCAAAGUCCAUGAGGUAGAUGGGCUUUGGGCGGGAGAGAAAGUAGACAGAAACGGUGAAGACGAGGACGCCGAAGAAGGUAAGCACGGUAGCGAGGUCAUAGCUGGCCUCCCCCCACACCUUCCGCCAUAUCUCCUUCCUCCCAAGGCUUCCCACCUCCGCGCUGAAGACCAGUACCAGCACCGGGAACGUCGCCAGGUAUACCGCGUGGUUUAUCAAGUAGUGGUAUCCCAGCUUCACAUACUUAAGGUUCACCGACUGCAGAAAGUCCGGCAGCCUCCUCCUUACCCUCACCGAGAACGUCGGCGACCCCGCCUCCACUCCCCUGUUCACGAUCUCCGUCGUCAGCAUCUCCUGCUCCCCCGCCAUCCUCCUGCACCCCUCUUCUCCUUGUUGCACUAUCAAACGGCUCGUAUACAGGGGGGAGAGGGGGGGGGGCAGAGAGAGAGAGAGAGAGAGAGAGAGAGAGAGAGAAGGGGGACAGUGGGGAGAGGAAGAAGAUGGAGGGUCAGCUUAUAAUGGCGUGUGGGAGGGGGGUGGUAGUUGA